AUAGUUUCGUUAUUUCGUCUUGGAACAGACCCAGUCUUCGUUGCAGGCUGUGUGUGUUUGCUGUCCGCUCCCGCCGGGAGGAACAUGGACGAGUUUCUGAGAGAGUUUCAGUCGCCCAGCCAAGCAGAAGUUCAGUGGCUCCAGGAUGUCUACUGUUUCACUGAGAAGAACCUGCUUCCUGUGGGAGAGCUUGCUGGGAGCUGUGUCGCCGUGCUCGCAUUGGCUGUUGUCAGGACGACACAGCAGGCGCUGGGCACUGGCCCAGACUCGGUGCCUCUCAGCUACAGGCUGGUCUCCAUGGGAGAGCUGGUUGCCAGGCAACACACGCCAUGCUGCAGUCAUGUGACCUGGAGCACAAGUCAGUUCCGAGAAUGGGCCCAGGAGGGUGAGCGGCGUGUAGCUAACUGCAGAGUCUUGCCCCGGGACAACCUUCUGCUGAUUGGCUGCCUGACAGAUCACCAUAGCAGCAGCCUGGGCAGGGAAGCUGUGUAUGAUGGGAGUUUGAGUCUGAAGGAUGGAAGUGGUUCUUUGUAUUGUGAGGUUCUCCAUCUGUCUACUGAUUGGCUGGGUCGGUUGAUGCUGUUUCCAAACUGGAACUACAUCCCCCAGAAUGCUGCAAGUUCUGGACAGAAAGUAGAGGGUUAUCUUGAGCUGUGCUGCCCCCCACUGCCUAUACUACCCAGCCCUUUGACCCUUGAACCUGAAGAACCCCUGUUUCAGGGAGCCUUAAGACCACAUGAAACUGCCAGGCUCCUCAAACAGCGGUUUCGUAGUCCUGGUGUCAGGCUGGUGGUCUGUGGGCAGGUAUCGCUACUCUGCCCUCUGCUCAACAUUGCUGGGAAGACUUUCUUCUGCUUCACACUGAGUGACAGAGAGAGAGAGAAUAGUGUGCCUAUGCUGGUCACGAACCCCUCUCUGCUGCACUGGCGGCAGUGUCUGAGUGUUGGCGUUUCUGUGGUCAUCUCCGGGCUGCGUGUGUGCACACUACGCCGUGUGGCCGCGCAACUGGUUCUCUGCCCAACUCCCCAGUCUCGCCUGUGGCCCCUGAAACACUUCAAGGCACCCUGGGAGACACCUGGGCAGGCCCAGGCAGAUACACAGGCAUUGCUGAGCAGAUGGACACAAGGACAGACAGAAGAACAGACACUGACAGACACAGAGACAGACGAACAGACAGCAGGAGACACAGAGACAGAAGGACAGACACUGACGGACACAGAGACAGAAGGACAGCCAGCAGGAGACACACAGACAGAAGGACAGACACUGACGGACACAGAGACAGAAGGACAGCCAGCAGGAGACACACAGACAGAAGGACAGACACUGACAGACACGGAGACAGAAGAACAGAGAACAGGAGAUACAUGGACACAAGAACAGACAGGAGACACACAGAAAGAAGAACAGACAGCAGGAGACACAUGGACACAAGAACAGACAGCAGGACAGAUGGAUCCUGAACCAGACAGAACUACAGGCCCAAAGACUGACCGACAGCCUGUCUCUGUUAAGCCAGUCCUGCGGUGCACAGCCAAGCGGUCCAAAGUCAUUGAUUAUAAGGGAGUGAUUUCACGGGUGCUGAUCGCAGAGGCAGGGCUUUAUGAGCUUGAUGGGGAGGUGGGGCUCUGCCUGGCCUAUCAGCAGGUUCUGAACUACGGUCGGGGCCUGAGGCCUGGAGCAGAGGUUAAGCUCAGCCAUGUCCACUUCAUGUACCGCCCCUCACCUCAUUUCCCGCCCACGUUGCUUUGCUGCUGUCUGCGGACCGCUCUGCAGAUCGAGGGGUUCAGCGCAGUGGGGUCGGAGUUCAUGCCCUUUCAUCACCAGAAGAGCCUGUAUGUCCGUGUGCUGCUGGAGAGAGAGCUGGGCGUGUCCCAGUACCUGUGGGCAUGUCACUGUGCCGCCACACUCGGAGAGAGGCUGUGUCCCCGGGUCGUGCGGCCAGGCCGGAUGCGUGCCGUGGCGGGACGGUUCCUGCGCUCCCUGCUGGCAGACUCGGAAGCAGGAGCCCCGGGGCGGAGGGACAUAUACAGAGAGAUGCUGGAGGAGCCGCACUGCUGCCCCCUGGUGGAGUACAGUGCCAACGCUCCUCCCCCCUGUCAGACCCCCUCUGUCAGCGAGCUGGUCUCUCUGGGGGAGUCUCUGGGCUGGGACUCCCUGUGUCUGCCCUCACUGCUGCCCCCUACGGCCCCCCACCUGACCAGUGCUGAGCUGAACCCCUUCUUGGCCUGGUCUGUGCUCUCCCAGCCAGCCUGGAGCCUGCGGCCGCCCGCUGUGAGUCUGUCUGCACCCUGUCCGAGUGUCAGUGUGGUGUCACAGUGUCUGCACCCCUGUCAGAGUGCCAGGGUGCCAGCGUGGUGUCACAGUGUCUGCACCCCUGUCAGAGUGCCAGGGUGCCUGUCGGAGUAUCUGUGUUGGAGGUUAAUCCCUCUCUCUCCUGUCUCUCUGUCUCCAGGCUGUCUGGUCUCAGUUCGUCGCUUCUCCAUAGUGACAGAGAGAUUCCUGAAGACUGAAUUCCCGUCCUGGAGACACCUGGAUCAGCAGCAGUACAUUAAAGAGAGGAGCUGCAGGGUAUAUGUUCAGUUCUGUGUUGGUGACCUGGAGCUGCUCAGCCCGUCGGCGGCCAUGUCUCGGCUCCGCAGCGCAGGACAGACACAGAGCCCCGGCGUGAGGAAGACUCCGGGAGACCCAGAGGGGCUGGGCGGGGCGAGGAAGACUCCGGGAGACCCGGAGGGGCUGGCGAGGAAGACUCCGGGGGACCCGGAGGGGCUGGCGAGGAAGACUCCGGGGGACCCGGAGGGGCUGGGCGGAGCGAGGAAGACUCCAGGCGACCCGGGGGUGCUGGGCGGGGCGAGGAAGAGAUUGAGAAGUGUCGCUGAAGAUGUGGAAGAGUCGGAAUGGGGGACAGGAAUGCAGAGCACAAAGGGAGCGGGUCCGAGAGCUGCCCCACUGUCAUCGAGCCCUGCCUGCACUCUGACCUCAGCUGGAUCUAUCCGGUCAGAGGUCUCGACCCCGCCGCCCUGCGUGUCAGUGCUCUUCCGGGUCCUGGAGAAGGAGGGCCUGUCCUUCCGCAAUAUGGCCUCCAACCAGGCACCUGGUCCAGCUGGGCUCAAGAUGAGCUUUGGAGCAUCUGCUGUGCUGCUUGGGGAGCCCCGUGUAUGUGCAGGGGACUCCAAUAACACCCAUCUCCCCCCGGAGGAGACAGAGAGUGGGGACAAUGGUGCCCCCUGCAGGGUGCAGCUGCUCUUCCUGGGCGGGGCCGUGCGCUGGUUCCACCUCCUGCAGCCGGGCUGCCUGUACAGGCUGUUGAACAGCUGGGAAACGGACAAAGCUGGCCUGCGGACCUCAGGCCAUCCCUCCUCCGAAACUCCCCUUCCCAUCAUGCUCCUGGGGGAGUGGGGAGCCGGGCAGCCCCGGUGCAUUAUGGGUCGUGUGCGAUGUCAUGUAGUGUGCGUCCUCUUCCUGCAGCUGCAGUGGGUGUGCUCACUGUGCAGCAGUGUCUUCAAACAGGGUCGCUGCACCAGGAAUUACCCCCCCUGUCACUCUGACAGUGGAGUCUUCCAGGCAGAGGCAAAGGCUGUGGUGGAGGAUGGCAGUGGGGAGGCCCAGGUGUGGUUUUCAACUCCGACAGUCCCAGCGCUGCUGUCAUUGGGUCCCUCAGAGUGGGAGGGGCUGCAGACGCACAUCAGAGCCAGAGGUCACCUGAGGGUCAUCCAUCGAGGGAGGAGUCCUGAGAACAGAGUGAGCGAGAGGAAAAGGAGAUGGUGCUGA